UUUACUCGGAGUUUCUUACUUCGAUCUCUCGUGUGUGACUGACUGCGCCACCAGAAAAUUUCAUCGAUUGCUCCUUGUUGGAGGAAAAACAAGAUAUGAAUUCUCGAGAGAAGGAGCUUAUUUGUGAGCUAUGUGGAGCAACUUACUCAGAAAAAGGCAAACUGGAAAAGCAUAAACAAAAACAUGCUUGGAAAUCAUUUGAUGACUUUUUCUCUGACAUUUGUGACAAAUCUGAUCCACUUAAACAUGAAUCAAGAGAGCACCAAGAAGUCCACACUGGAGAGAAACCAUUUGCUUGUGAUAUUUGCCAAGAAACCUUCUCGCGAAAACAUCGCCUGACCGCCCAUCAACGUAUUCACACUAGAGAGAAACCGUUUGCUUGUGACAUUUGUCAAGAAACCUUCUCGCGAAAACAUCGCCUGACUGCCCAUCAGCGUACUCACACUGUAGAGAUGCUAUUUUUUUGUGCCAUUUGUGGAAAGUUCUUUUCACAGAGAGGUGACCUGAUCACUCAUCAGCGUGUCCACACCGAGGAGAAACAAUUUGUUUGUGACAUUUGUGAAAAAACGUUUUCUCAGAAAGCCCAACUGAUAAGUCACCAGAUAAUCCACACUGGAGAGAAACCAUUUAGUUGUACCGUUUGUCAAAAAACCUUCUCACAAAAAUUGAAACUGACUGUCCAUUAUCGUGUCCACACAAGAGCAAAACCAUUUGAUUGUGACUUUUGUGGAAAAUUCUUUACACUAAGAGGCGAACUGACCGCACAUGAACGUGUCCACACUGGAGAGAGACCAUUUGUUUGUGACAUUUGUGACAAAGCAUUUGCUCAAAAAAACAAUUUAACUAGACACCAGAAAACUCACACAGGAGAGAAACCGUUUGUUUGUGACAUCUGCGGGAAAGCUUUUCCCGUUAAUACCUCCCUUGUCGGCCACAUGAGAGUCCACACUGGAGAGAAACCAUUCGCUUGUGACAUUUGUGGAAAAACAUUUUCACUUAAAACCACUCUUGCCUGCCACAUUCUGGGGGUCCAUCCAGGAGACAAGCCAUUUGUUUGUGACAUCUGUGGAAAAGCCUAUUCCAAAAAAACCUGGCUAACUACCCAUCAGCAUAUCCACACUGGAGAGAAACCAUUUGUUUGUGACUAUUGUGGUAAAGCUUUUUCUCUUAAAACCAACCUUGUCCGCCACCAGAAAAUCCACACUGAAGGGAAACCAUUUGUUUGUGACAUUUGUGGGAAAGCAUUUGCUCAUAACAAAAUUCUGGUUGACCACCAGAGAAUCCAUUCUGGAGAGAAACCCUUUGUUUGUGACAUUUGCGGGAAAGCCUUUUCGGUCAAAACUUCCCUCGCUAGCCACCUAAAAAUACACACUGGAGAUAAACCAUUUGUUUGUGGUGUUUGCGGAAAAGGUUUUUCACAUGAAACUUUUCUGAAAGUCCAUCAGGAUGUUCAUACUGAUGAGAAACCAUGUUUGCAGCAUUUGCAGAACAGCCUUCUCAAGCUAAACCAAGUUAAGUAGGAUUUGAAACUUUGCAUGGUGGAAAUAAGAUAUAGAAGAGUUUGCGGUAACACCAUGUAAUA